AUGACCGAAACGGAAUCCAAAAUCUACCGCCACGCCGACGCGGACGGGCACUUUCGACGACAAGACUCCUCCUUCCGCUCGUUCGUCUCGCCCGACCCGACAGCAGAGUUCCCAGCUCAACCAGACCGCUACGUGCUCUACCUCAACUACGGCUGUCCCUGGGCGCACCGGACCAACAUCGUGCGCUCCCUCAAGGGCCUCGAAGAUAUCAUCCAGUUGAUAAUCCUAGACCCCGAGCUGGGGCCCAACGGCUGGUUCUUCUCAGGACGAUGGGGCUCCGCUACUCAAGAUCCGUUAUACGGGUUCCACGAGCUGCGCGAGCUCUACCAUAAAGCCGACCCGGGGUAUCAGGGCCGCUACACCAUCCCGGUGCUUUGGGAUCGCACGCGCGAGACGAUCGUGAGCAACGAGAGCAGCGAGAUCAUUCGCAUGUUUUACUCCUCGUUUGACGCGCUGCUGCCGCCGGAGCGACGCGAGGUGAACCAGCCGGGCGGGGGCCUGUAUCCGGCUCAUCUUCGGGGUGAGAUCGAUGCGAUGAACGAGUGGGUGUACGAGAAGAUCAACAACGGAGUGUAUAAGACGGGGUUUGCCACGACGCAGGAGGCCUACGAUGCCAACGUCUACCCGCUCUUCGAGGCGCUGGAUCGCGUCGAAGACCAUCUGGCGCAGUCGGGCCAUGGGCCGUACUUGUUUGGAGAGAAUAUCACCGAGGCGGAUGUGCGGCUGUAUACGACCAUCUGUCGGUUUGAUGUCGCGUACUACUUGAUCUUUCGGUGUAAUUUGAAGAUGAUCCGUCAUGACUAUCCCCGGAUCGAUCGCUGGUAUCGACAGUUGUACUUUGAUGAGUCGGAGAGGACUCGUGGAGGGGCGUUCAAGAAGACGACGUUCUUCUAUAUUUACAAGUAUAACUAUCUCAAGGCGCUGGGGAAGAGAGUAGGCGGCUCGCAGACCGUCGUCCCUGCUGGCCCUGUCCCAGAUAUCCUCCCAUUGGAGAAACUGUAG